CUAUCUGUCCAUUAGCAGAAAACUAAUAAGUUGAGAGCCAUUUAUGUCCACAGAGCUCCUCUAUCUUGUCUCUUUUCCCAGCUCCCUUUGAGCUGAUUUUAGCUUUACAUCUUUCUCAAAAGUUUCAAACAGAGAUUCAUUAUUUUCGAUGUGGAAGCUGAAGAUAGGAGAAGGCGGAGGGCCAUAUUUGAAGAGUACUAACAACUUUGUAGGAAGACAAAUAUGGGAAUUUGAUCCUAAUGCUGGAACCCUCGAAGAGCGACAAGCUUUCGACAAAGCCCGCCAAGACUUCCACAACCACCGCCACAGGGGAUAUCAUGCCUGCGCUGAUUUGUUCAUGAGAAUUCAGCUAAAGAAGGAAAGUGGGAUGGAUUUGUUGAGCACUCCAGCAGUAAGAAUAGGUGAAAAGGAACAAGUGACAUAUGAAGCUGUCACAAGUGCUGUCAAGAAAGCUCUCCGUCUAAUCCGUGCCAUCCAAGCCAAAGAUGGUCACUGGCCGGCUGAGAAUGCUGGUCCCUUGUUCUUCACUCCUCCUCUUCUCAUUGCCUUAUACAUCAGCGGAGCAAUUAACACCGUUCUAACACAAGAACACAAAACAGAAUUGGCUAGAUUCAUUUACAACCAUCAAAAUGAAGAUGGUGGAUGGGGAUUCUAUAUAGAAGGGCAUAGCACCAUGAUUGGUUCAGCACUUAGCUAUGUAGCCUUACGUUUGUUGGGUGAAGGGCCUGAUGAUGAUGAUGGCGGCAAUGGCGCAGUUGCUAGAGGUCGCAAAUGGAUUCUUGAUCAUGGCGGUGCCACUGCAAUUCCUUCCUGGGGAAAAACGUAUUUAUCAGUGCUUGGAGUGUACGAGUGGGAUGGUUGUAAUCCUUUGCCACCAGAGUUCUGGCUUUUCCCUUCAUUUUUUCCUUACCAUCCAGGUAAAGAUAGGAUGACACUAAUAAAUUGUUAAACUAAGUAUGAUACGUUUUAUAUUGUUUUCUGGAUAAAUGUUUUGACGACAACAAAUUUCACUAGCCAGGCUCAAUUUAUUUGACAUUUUCUUGUUAUCGAAAGUCAUCAAUUGUCAAAGCAAAAU